AUGGAUUGCCUCCGGCCUGGGUGGUGUGAUGUUCUACUGGCGGCGGUGGCGGCGGCGGCGGCGUCUGCGCUGCAGUGGCUGUCCAGUCCACUGCGAUGCCCCAGCAGUGGCAACAGCCGAGCUCCGUAUGAAGAGCAGGCUGCGAUGUUGUGGUCCGUAGCCCCCGGGAUGAGAGCCAGAGACCCACUGCAGUUCUCCUUUGCAGAGGAUUUCACAGACCAGCUUGACCACAUAUUAUCCCCUCCACCCAUGCCGUUUCGGAAAUGCAGCAACCCAGAUGUGGCUUCUGGCCCUGGAAAAUCACUGAAGUAUAAAAGACAGCUGAGUGAGGACGGGAGGCAGCUGCGACGAGGGAGCCUAGGGGGAGCCCUGACUGGGCGGUACCUGCUUCCCAACCCAGUGACAGGACAGGCCUGGCCAGCCUCGGCGGAGACGUCCAACCUCGUGCGCAUGCGCAGCCAGGCCCUGGGCCAGUCGGCGCCUUUGCUCACGGCCAGCCUGAAGGAACUGAGUCUCCCCAGAAGAGGAAGUCUGAUAGAUUCCCAGAAGUGGAAUUGCUUGGUCAAACGUUGCCGAACAAGCAACCGGAAAAGCUUGAUAGGCAAUGGACAGUCACCAGCAUUGCCUCGACCACACUCACCUCUCUCUGCUCACGCAGGUAAUAGCCCUCAAGAUAGUCCACGAAAUUUCUCCCCCAGUGCCUCAGCCCACUUUUCAUUUGCACGGAGGACUGAUGGACGCCGCUGGUCUUUGGCUUCCCUCCCCUCCUCUGGCUAUGGGACAAACACACCCAGCUCUACCGUAUCUUCAUCCUGUUCCUCCCAGGAGAAGUUGCAUCAGUUACCAUACCAACCAACACCAGAUGAAUUACACUUCUUAUCGAAACAUUUUUGUACCACCGAAAGCAUCGCCACUGAGAACAGAUGCAGGAACACACCGAUGCGCCCCCGCUCCCGAAGUCUGAGCCCUGGACGUUCUCCCGCCUGCUGUGACCAUGAAAUAAUUAUGAUGAACCAUGUCUACAAAGAAAGGUUCCCGAAG